CAAUACACAGUACACACAAACAGGGACUAGGGCAUUGAAUGGGAUUGAACCUUCGAGGGUGGGGCGGCGGAAAUAAAGCGCACCAUCUCGCGUUUUAAGCCCCGCCUUUUCCGCUCCUCGUGUUGCCAGAUCCUUGAUUUUACAACUAGUAUAGAAUAGGUUAAAGUUGUCAAGCAUUUUGGCAUUGUGUUGAUUAUAUUCGUGUAACAAAAUAUUCUGACGUUUAAACAAAGCAAUUUAUCUAUAGACUAGAUCAUCUAAAAUUAUAUAAAACGUCUGUAUAUUUUCAUCAGAUAAUCAUAGUGUGUUGCCAUUGAAAGACUUAAAUGUAACUCUGUUUUUAAAUUAACCGCCUCCAUGAUAGUAAAUUAUAUGAUGUUGCUCUAUAUUAUUAGGCAAACCAUUAGCACAUUUGACAAGUGCAUUAAUAAUGUUGGACUUUAAAAGCAGUUGUGUUUUGACCCAGUGAGAAAGUUACCAGUGAAGACAGCAGUCACUGUAAUGGUUACAGUUGUGUUUUUUAAGUGUUUAUUCUCGUGUCCGUGUGCGAGACCGGAGGAAACGACUCUGCACUGCUGGCUGUACCUGCUGCUUCCUGUAGGCAUGAUGUUCUUCAUCCUCAGUCUGGUGGACUCACAGCUGCUCAAACUGUGCCAGUGUUACGUGUGCAGAUGUUGUGCGCGAGCCGAGAGCAGAUGUUGCGUGUCAGGCUGCUGUGACAGUGUGGAGUGUUGUUGCUGUGCUGGUGGUUACUGUUACAGGCCGACACACUGCGGAGAAGAAGUGAGAUACUACUGCGCUCUUAUAGGGGCUUACAUGCUGAGGGUCUUCUGCGCCUCGGCGCUGUGGGUUGUGGUCGCACUGAUUGACGCUGACUGGUACGUCUGCAUCCGCACAGUGACGGUCAACGGAACCGGACCACAACAGAUCGCCUGUAAGGAUGUUCCAACACCAGAGGAAGCAGAAACUCUGCGGAAAUACAGUAGUGAAUCACGGAUUAUUGCUUUGAUCAUCCUCCUGGGUCUUUCCUUCCUGCUGGUUGUAAGUACCUCUAUCAUGAGCAGGUGGAAGCCGUACUACAAGUCAGUGUUUGAGGCAUACGUGGAGCAGGAGAUGGCAGCCACGCUGGAUGAGAAGCUGCAUGAGCAGGCCAUGGAAAGAGCCAAGCUUCUCAGUGAGACUGUGUUACACUGCGUUCACAGUCAGCGUGAGAACAGCAGACAGGCAGAGGGACACAUUCAGUACCAACCACUAACAGAGACAGAGGAGAACAUGUGGAGGAGAAUAUCACACCCUGCUUUCCAUCUACUUGGAGUGAGGAUCAAUCCGUGACAUACUCAUUCAUCCAGGGCAUUGCGAGUGUUUGUCAGAUGAUCUGUCAGUAGUAAAAAAGCCAACGAUAGCACUCCACUGAAAGGAACUUGUUACUGAAGCAUGGCGUAUUUAUUGCUCAAAGCAUGCUUCCACUCCACUCUACUCUACUCCAGGUAUGCUUUUAUUUUUAAAAACUUUUAGUUUUAAGAAAGUUUGCUUGUCCUAUUCUUAUUUAAUCUGAAAUAUUUAAAACAUGCAGUAUUAAUACUUUUUGUUUCAUUGUUAAGAAACGUUCUCUAACACUAAAUACUGACAGUUGAGCUGAUAAACAGUUCUAGAUGCUGCCUAGAUUGAAAGCAGUGUAAUGGAUGAGCUAUGAAAAGUGUCAUGACGUUUGCUUUCUGUUUUAACAUGUGAGAUGUUUUGAGCUGAUUGUCUGCAGAUGACUAGAUGCUGUGUCAAAUGAUCCAGUUAAAG